ACUAACUAGGUCUGAAGAUUUUCGGGGCGCCUGGCCCCGGAAGAAAGCAGAAAGGAAAAUGUACUAUGGGAUUCAUUCGCUUGAUGGGAGCGUCAGCCAUGAAGAUUUACAGGGAUCUCUUGAAGGCACUAAUCUACCUGGUGACGCAUGUCUAGUUCUCACUAUCGAUCCGAAGCCUCGGUUACAAUGGAUAACUGAGCUCCAUGAGAGAUUUGUAGAUGAUGUUACUCAGCUGGGUGGCCCUGACAAAGCAACACCAAAAACCAUUAUCAAGACAAUGGGUGUAAAGGGCCUUACCCUAUAUCAUUUGAAGUCUCAUCUACAGAAAUAUCGUCUGGAGAAGCAAUCAUGCAAGGAGUUCACUGACAAUUCUAAAGAUGAAAGUCAGGGUGUUGUUUUAUCAUCUUCAUCAGCAUCAUCAAGAAUGAUGGCUCAAGACUUAAAUGAUGGUUACCAGGUUACUGAGGCUUUACAUGUGCAAAUGGAAGUCCAAAGAAGAUUGCAUGAGCAGUUGGAGGUCCAGCGACAUCUCCACCUUCGGAUUGAAGCACAAGGCAAAUAUCUGCAGUCCAUACUUGAGAAAGCCUGCAAGGCUCUCAAUGAGCAAACCAUAGCAUCAGUUGGGCUUGAAGCUGCUAGGCAAGAGCUCUCUGAAUUGGCCAUUAAAAUUUCUAAUGACUGUCUGGGUAUGGUCCCACUCGACACCAUCAAAAUGCCUACCUUAAAUGAGAUUGCUACAGCUCUUGAAGAGAAUCUGCUUCAAAUGGGCCAACUUGGGUUGGGGAUUGCUCUGUUGACAGCUGCCUGA